GUGCUUGCGAUUCAUUCUGGUCCAAGACUCAACCUCCUUUGUGCCUCGAAUCCUUAUUCACCAUGGAUCGCAACAUCGCGCGUGCGGUGACGGAGAAGAAGCCGGUCCCGGAGAUCGACUUCACAUUACAUGUCAUGGAAGAUGGCACUCAGGUGUCCACCCUCGAACGAGUCAUCAAAGAGGUGCAAGCGCCGGCGUUGAACACCCCGUCGGACGAUCAGUUCUGGUCUCCCGAAGACCCCUCCAAGCCCAACCUCCAGUUUCUCAAACAGCACUUCUACCGGGAAGGCCGUCUUACGGAAGACCAAGCGUUAUGGAUCAUACAGGCUGGAACGCAGCUGCUCAGAGCCGAGCCCAACCUCCUGGAGAUGGAUGCGCCCAUCACCGUGUGCGGUGAUGUCCACGGUCAAUAUUACGAUCUCAUGAAGCUCUUCGAAGUCGGUGGCGACCCAUCCGAGACCCGCUAUCUCUUCCUCGGUGACUAUGUCGACCGAGGUUACUUCAGUAUCGAGUGUGUGCUCUACCUGUGGGCCUUGAAGAUCUGGUACCCCAACACUUUGUGGUUACUGCGGGGUAAUCACGAAUGUAGACAUUUGACGGACUACUUCACCUUCAAGCUGGAGUGUAAGCACAAGUACAGCGAGCGCAUCUACGAGGCUUGCAUUGAAUCUUUCUGCUCGCUGCCGCUGGCGGCGGUCAUGAACAAGCAAUUCUUGUGUAUUCACGGUGGCUUGAGCCCUGAAUUGCAUACUCUGGAGGACAUCAAGGCGAUCGACCGUUUCAGAGAACCUCCGACGCACGGUCUGAUGUGUGAUAUCCUCUGGGCCGAUCCUUUGGAAGAAUUCGGACAGGAGAAGACUGGAGACUACUUCAUUCACAACAGCGUGCGAGGCUGCUCGUACUUCUUCUCAUAUCCUGCGGCCUGCGCUUUCCUCGAAAAGAACAACCUUCUUUCCAUCAUUCGCGCGCACGAAGCUCAAGAUGCCGGCUAUCGCAUGUACCGCAAGACCCGGACAACGGGCUUCCCCAGUGUCAUGACUAUUUUCAGCGCUCCCAACUACCUGGACGUCUACAACAACAAAGCCGCUGUGUUGAAGUACGAGAACAACGUCAUGAACAUCCGUCAGUUCAACUGCACCCCCCACCCGUACUGGUUGCCGAACUUCAUGGACGUCUUCACCUGGUCCCUUCCUUUCGUCGGUGAGAAGAUCACGGAUAUGUUGAUUGCAAUCCUCAACACCUGCUCCAAGGAGGAGCUUGAAGAAGAGACCCCUACAUCUGUAUCACCUACCGCGCCCUCGUCACCUCCAGCGGCGCAGAUGGAUGUGGAGAGCAGCGAAUUCAAGCGUCGUGCCAUCAAGAACAAGAUUCUGGCCAUCGGCCGCCUCUCGCGUGUGUUCCAGGUGCUCCGUGAAGAAUCCGAACGAGUCACUGAGCUCAAGACCGCGGCUGGUGGUCGUCUGCCGGCGGGCACUCUGAUGUUGGGAGCGGAGGGUAUCAAGCAGGCCAUCACGAACUUUGAAGAUGCGCGCAAGGUCGAUUUGCAGAACGAACGCCUGCCUCCUUCUCAGGAGGAAGUCAUGCGACGCAGUGAAGAGGACCGACGCAUUGCUCUCGAGCGGGCGCAGCAUGAAGCCGACAACGACGCCGGCCUGGCCACAGUGGCUCGCAGAAUCAGCAUGUCGGCUGGCUCGGGCAAAACUCGUCGGCAACGAGACGCUUCUGCCGUUUCCCGGGAGGCAUGAGCGUCAGACAACAUUGUAAUCGAGAAUUGCCGGUUUGGCGAAAGUGGCACAUGGACAGAUAUCCUUCCUUGCAAUUUUAGGCGUGCAACUGCUUCACCCUUGUAUUGAAAGAAACUCACAGCUUCGAACCCCACGGGCGAGUGAUCUUGCCCAGCGACGACCACCUUGGAUUAGAUGGCUGAUCGCACUGGCGGCAAGCACUGUAUCAAAGACUGGAGUUGGCGGACGGGGGAUAAAUCAUGUAAUUCCUGCACUGCACACAAGCGGUUCUAGGCGUCCGUGACGUCUGAACUAUGAGUUGAUGAUUUGAUACACCAUGAAUUCUGCUCUCAUUUUCC